UAAUGACGAUGCAUACACACAUCAUUUCCUUUUUCAGGAGGAUGAAAUAAUUAGUCAAAAUCUAUGUUUACGCAGCAUCUAAUCCUUAUAUCUAUUAUGGCUCGAAUCCUAAUAGUAAAUAAUGUUCAUAUUUAUAAGCAAACACAUUCAUUGUCGUCUUAUUCAGAUUUUACACGCCAGAAGAACAGAAUAUACCAAUUACCAGGUUUGAUAACAAAUACUUCCUCAGUAGAAAAAUACCAUGAAAAGAACUGCUCUUCUCAUCGUCGCCAUUGCUGUUACCACCGUUGCCGAUGAUAACACGCUUGCGACAAAGAUCGCACGGUAUGGAGAUUUAGGAUUGAACGACGACAACUCCAUCGGAAAUGCAACCUUAAUCGAUUCUUUUCUUGGAAUUGAGGCCACUUGUGUUCGAUGCUCUUCUCCAUGUUCUGCGUAUUGCUGCUGGGUUCCACCUACGCGAUACUGCUACUUCAAUGGACGGUGUUGGUGCAUAUCAAAGUAAAUUGUAUAGAUAAUUAAAUUGCCGAUUUCGUAUAUCUACAUAUGUACAAUGAUACCCUGGGUCUAUACACAGUUUUUUUAUUUUUGUUAAAUAAAAACAAUUUUAAAUAUGAUAUGUA